AUGCAGACCUCACACGAGGCCAACAACGAUCUGUCAAAAAGUUUGGGCGAUUUUCUGAUGCAAUUCCGAAUUUCCAGAGCAUUGAAGAAGACAGCCUCAUUUUUGGCAACCUUUGGUGGGGUUGGUUCGUCGAGAUGUCUGCCGUGCUUUUGGGAUGAUUGGAUCGUUCCUAAACCCUCAUAUGCAAGUCGGUUCCCUGCGCGCGGGCAUUAUGCACCCAGUAGGAAACGUUUGGUACUCAUUGGAUCGAUCCUAAACCCUCUUGCAAUAGUUGCAUACCAUCCCCACCUUUGUGAGACCAACGUGGCCGUCGCGGUUGCCCUUCGGCUGUACCUGAAUUCUUCUCGUGCUUUGAAAAAAUCAGCAUCAUCCAUGAUCAACUCGCCCGAAUCACGGGGACAGACUGCGCCAACCGACAAGCCUCCAGCGUCGCGUUCUACUAUGCCCCAGCAUAAGGGGACGCCUCCUCGCCAGGUAUUUCAACGAGCGGCAAGAAUCCCUCCCUCGAACCCCAUCCAAGACCUCCAUCUACAAGACGCCAAUGCCAUUUGGAAAGAAUGUGCACUUGAGUCCCAGAGGUCUGACGUCUUGGUGAUCGCUGUUGUCCAUCCUCAGCAAGAACAAUACGUGAAAGACAGCAAACGGAGUGAACCCAACAUGAGCGGAAAAUGCGCCCAACGCAUUCUCAUUUGUACUGCGAGCGCACUUCAGGAUGUAAUCGAGCGCGUGGUCAACAAGAGACACCACGCACAAUGCGACAAGCUCCGUAUCGUGGUCAGCUCUGCGAUAGAAUCGAUCUUCUACCAGAUAGACUCUUUCAUCAAGAACGUCUACAUCAAAGUCUGUGGCAGGAUCCGGAGCAACACCCGCUACAAACUUCGUAUCGAUGAGAAAUCGACAUAUUGCUCUCAUCCAAGCGAUAGCUGGCUAUAUAGUGAGCUCAGUGCCGCCGGUACCCACGAGCUCACGCACUUCAACGGCAUCUACUUCCCGCACAGGGAGAGAGACUACAAUCAGGAAACGGAAGCUCUUGACUGGGACCGAGAGGGCAUGUGGCCCGAGUUCAAAGCCGAGGAUAAAGAGGAGAUUUUGAAGAAGCUAAGGAAAGUGAAGAUUGCAUACGAACAGACGAGCUCAUCUGUAGCACCAGACGCGCAACCGAACUCUCCCGCUGACACUCCUCGUGCAGGUAACGGGCCCGGGUUCUUCAAGGCGUUGCUAUCCGCUGUCGUCGGAAUCGUAUCUGCCCUUGGCGCAGCAGGCGGUGUCGUUUGGCUCAACACCAGCGGGGUGUUCAUCACCGGACCGCUGGGGUUAAGGCUCGCGGCGGGUUACGCCAGUGCCGGUGUUGCUAGCGGAGCUUCCGCGGCUGGCAUGGGCAGAAUUAUCAAGCGCCUGUUCGCACGGUUCUGGGGUUCAGACCUGACCAAGUUACUCUUUGCCUUUCCAUUCAACGAUCUUACCACUCAUCUCACAACUGUCAUUUACUCAAACCCCAAACCUCACACAUACAACCAAAUGUCACAACCCUCAAUUACCCCCCUCACAACACUCCUCAACCGCCUCAAUACCCUCCUCCACUCCCUCCGCAAUCGCUCAACCCUACCAACCCUCCUCACCACCCUCGCAACGCCCCUCCUCCUCUGGGCAGCCUACCGCGACUACCGCGCCUACAUCGCCCUCGGCCCCGGCGGCGUCCCGCACAAUGCCCUAGGCUGGCUCCUCGUCACCCUCGGCCUCCGCCCCUUUGCCCUCUCCAAAAGCUCAGCCACCUGGACGGGCGAUUACCCGGACCACGGGUCCCACGCCGAGAUCCGGGAUCUACCUGAGAGAAAGGGGGAGAGGGCGGAGUUAGGCGGGAUCGUGCCGCAUCGGCAGUUGAGUCAGCAUGCGCCGGAGAAGAUGAGAGAGUUCAUCGAAAACCUCUUCGCCAACGCGGUAACCCAAAACCCCUCCCUCCUAACCACAAAGCUCUCUCUCUACGAACGAAACAACCCAGCCCUCUUCCUCCACCCCCAAAUCCUCUCCUCUCUCUCAUCUUCAUCCUCAUCCACCCCCGUCAUAGCCCGCGGCGAAAUAGCCCACCACCACACAGACCUCUCCAUCCACCUCUACCUCUCCCCCGCCGACGCCAAACUAGCCAUCCAAAAACGCUGGGCCGAGCGUCACCGCCUCUCCCUACCCAAGGGCUCGUUCCUGGCAAACAGGUUGCAUUUGGCGGAUUCGUAUCUCAUGGUCUACGGCCCUCGGGAUGAAGAAGAGAUGGAGGUGUUGGCGGAGUUGCUCAGGUGUGGGGUGCGGUUCAUGACGGGGAAGGAGGAUGUUGGGGUGAUUGAGUGGCGGGGGAAGAUUAACGUGUGA